AUGGUUUACUAUUCGGACAGCCGGUUAGUACUCGGAUAUAUAUCAAAUCAAACCAGGCGAUUCUAUGUAUAUGUUAGCAACAAAGUAGAGCGUAUACUCAACACCACACAAUCCGUACAGUGGCGUUAUAUACAGUCAGACAAGAAUCCAGCCGACCUGCCUUCUAGAGGUAUUACCUCGUCUGGACUAGCGUCUUCUGAAUGGCUAAAAGGCCCUGAAUUUCUCCGUAACAAAGGCACUACAGCAGAUAUUCAACCAACCGAAUUUCCAAUCAAAGAAGAAGACCCCGAAGUUAGACCCGUUGUUAAGACUUAUUCUACAAAAUUGCAGCCAAGCUCGGGACUCGGAGCAGAAAGGUUUCACAGGUUCUCUGAUUGGUUCAAACUCUUACGAGCAAUAGUUAACCUACUCCAUAUAACACGUUCAUUCGGCAACAAGCCCACACAACCUAAAAGCUGCAAAGGUUGGCAUAUUUGCACGUCAUCAACCACACCAGACGACUUAGCUGAGGCAAGUCAAAUUGUUAUACGCACUACCCAGUCUACUGUGUUCAAAGCAGAAUUGGACCUGUUAGAAAGCUGA